AUGAACUGUCCCUCGCAUGAGCCUGUCAUCGAAUCCUGUUGCUCGUGGUUUUUCGCGACUCUCAUCGUCCUUUCCACAUAUACCACGCUUCUGUCGGGUCUCUUCCUCAUCAUCGCCUGCCUCAAACCAUACUAUGGCAACCUCGUCGGCGAUACCGGAGGGCUGGCACCCUCGUCAGCCACCUUGCUUAGUGCAUUCUUUGCGAAGACCAUCGAGCUGGCCUAUGUGACAGUCAGUGUAGCCUUUGUGGGUCAAUUACUCAGUCGCAGAGCCCUGCGUCGAGGGUCGCGGGGCAUCAGCAUCUCGGACAUGAGCCUGCGGAUGUGGAUCACUCAGCCGGGGUCCUUGUUCAUGCAAUGGGAAAAUCUGCGCUAUUCGGGAGGCACCCUCUUGGGCGCUAUCGCUUUGAUUGCUACUCUGGUUUCGAUACUCUACACGACUGCUGCCGAAGCAUUAGUGUCCCCAAAGGAAGCUAUGGGCCCCGUGUACGACCGACUGCUCUACGGCAAUGUCUCUGCCUCGUUUGCAAACCCCACUUACCUCGAAGCUCGAUGCGAGACUCCGAUCACGGUGACCGUCGAUCCUUCCGCCGGCCGUAACGAGACCUGCGUGUCGAUGGAGAUUGUCGGCCGGGCAUAUCAUGACUUCGAGCAGUACAUGCAGGAAUGGAGUGGGCUGGCGCAGGCCAAGAAUGCAACCUCGACCUCACUCAAGACACGGCUGAAGCCACACGGGUCGUUGUAUGAUAACACCACAGUCACUGGAAGUUGGAUUGAGGUUACCGACAUGGUCGCGACCUCGCAAAAGUACAAACGCAUGGUGAACAACGUUACCGCGGCGUUUCCUCAUGGUGGGUUAUAUGAUGCGGCACGCAAUCCUGUCAAUGGCAUUCGGCAGCCGAAUGAUGCCACUGGGGAUGGGAAGUAUAUUCUUCAAGCAUCUGUACCUGUUCCCGCCAUCAAUGUCUUGUGUGCGGGGCUGUCGAAGGAAGAGCUGGCCCCAAUGAUCUAUACCGAAUGGCCAAACCACAAACCAUUCAAUUCCUCAACGUGGUACACAGAGGCCCCAGCCUAUGACCAGAGCACGAAUCAUACCGUGGUGGACGACAUUUUCGGAUUUGGGCCAGGCACAGACCACCCUUCACCUGUGUUUCCCAUCUAUCCCACCGAAUUCAACACGAUCUUCGAUGCCAAAGUGGAGAAUUCAUCUGCGCUUUAUCUGCUAGGUACUACUCCUGCCGGCCAUAAUCCUGCCUUCGUCCUGUGCGCAUUGAAAGCCAAACAGUCCGGAUUAUGCUCUGCCGAAUACCAGGUUGACUCCAGCGGGGCGGCGCUCAGCACUCGCUGCGAGGAUCCAACCGACAAGCUGCAGUACAGCCGUCGCGUUCCGGGUGUUGUGGAGGACAAUUAUGACAUUAACUGGAAGAGCGUCGGGUGGCUGUGGCUAGAUGCCGUCAGUCUGGGGGCUGGAAUCGCCGGCGAAGAUGCCAGCAUCGAACGACUCUUAACCCAGAUGACUCCUGCCUACGAUAACAGCAGCCACACCGCUUCUCUCAACCCCAACCUGCCCUCCAUUGCGGAGGCCAUGGCGGUCUUGACCAGCGUCACGCUGAUGAUCAGUAGUCAAGAUGCUCCCUAUGUCCCGUUCUGGAACUAUACCGACCAGAUUCUGUCUUCGCCUGUGCAACAAGCCUUCAACGCCACUCUGCAAUCCUCCGGCUAUGCUUCAGGUCACGUGGUGGACUGGCAGAAGAGCUUCUACGUGAUCCUUGUCCUGGCAUUUCUCACCAGUGUGCUCUUCAUGGCAUUUUUCAUGGUCGAGGUCCGUGGCCAUCUUCUCAACGACUUCACCGAGUCCUCGAGUCUGUUCGCCUUGGCUAUCAAUAGCCCCCCCACGGCACGGCUCCAAGGUGCCUGCGGAGGCGGCCCAUCGGGUCGACAACUGCAGGAUCGUUGGCAUGUGGGGAUGGUCGAAGACAGUCACCAUUACUACAUCCGACCCAUUGCCGAUGGGGAGUUUGCCCCCCCUGACCCUGGAUCCGACGAUGAGAUAGUCAAGGGUGUGAGAACUCAUCAUGCUGUCCACGAGUACCGCAAUGUCUCUCGCGGAGCUGCUAGCCCGAUGUCAUUUCUGUAUUGA